AUGCCCGGCCCAAUGGAAGGUCCGACUGAAUGGAUGUGCGUUCUCUUGGACAAAUCAAAGAAGGAAAACAUCAUGGGUACCUUAAAGGGGUCCUAUAUGAAGCUGAAGGUCAGUAUUGCAAAAGCUAGACCUGAGUAUUAUGUUAAUGAUAUAAUAGGAGAGUACCUUAAUCGGUCAACACUGGUCACAUUAGCCCGUUAUGUUUCAGGAUCGGAGCUCCUUGAAUCCCUUACUCAAGGCAGUAAGUUUGACCCCGGUGAUACCUCCACUCGUGACACUAGCGCUGGAGCUAUGCUUGGAGCUGAUGUCCAUGACGGAAUUGCCAUGGAGAGUCUCUAA